UCAAAAUUCAAUGACGAAUUGUCAAGUUUGACACUUGACAGGAAUUUGCCUUGAAUUUCCCAGCUGUCUUUGCCGGUUAUUUUUAGGUUAAAUUCUAAAAUAAAUUUACGAAAGCGGCAGUGGUACUUUGUUAGGUGUUAUGAAACAAUAAAAGUAAAUCUUCUGCCGCUGGUUUAGCGUCAGAUAGAUAAAAUUUAACCAUGUCUGGUGAUGUGCAACCACGAAAACGAAAAGAUAAGAAGAAGAAAAAAGAAGAAUUAAGUAUCGAGGAACCCCGUGGAACGGCAGCUGCUCUUGGUGAAGGAGAUGUGUUCAUGCACUCACAGCAUGAUCAUGGCACGGGAGGACACUGGUGUGCCAAAAUAAUUUUCUUUUCUCUUCUAGCAGUAUUAAUUACGCUUAUUGGUUUAAUUAUUCUAGAAAACAGAGGAUUGAGUGAAUUGGAGGCUAAUUCUGUUGAAUCACGAUAUUCUGGAGUAUUGGAAGGUUGGAUAGAAGACACUAUUGAUGAUGAUCACCAUGAUGAGCACACACUGGAACUUAAACAUCCUGCAUACAGUACAAAUCAAAAAGAAGAUGAACUUGGCAAUGAUGAAGAGAGUGCUGAGGAACAUGAUGUAGACGAAGAUGAUACUGAAAAUCAUGGCUUGGACCAUGAGAAUGAUGACGACCUAAAUGAUGAUGAUGAUGACCUAAAUGAUGAUGAUGAUGACCAUGAUGAUGAUAAUGAGAUAGAUGAAGACAAUGAAGACGAUGAUGACGGAAAUGAUGAGGAAAAUGAAAGGGAAGUAGGUGAAAAUUAUUUGGAUCACAAAGAAGAUGAAAUUGAUAAUGAUGACACCGAUGGCCUUGAUGAUGAUCAAGAUGAUGAUGAAGAAGUGGAUAAUCCUUAUGAUGGUGAAGAAGAAGAUAAAUACACAAAUAAUUUUAAUUCAAAUGAGGAAGCAGAAGAAAUUGGUAAUAAAUUCAAUGAAAAUGUUCAAGAAAGUCACACUUAUUAUAGUGACAAACCAGAAACUGAAGAUUCUACAGAAAAACCUUAUGAUUCAUAUUAUGAUGCCAAUAGUGCAGAAGAAAAUAAAGAAGACCAGAUUAAUAGCAAAGAAGAAAAUUACAGAUACAUCAGAGAAACUAAAUUUAGUGAAGAAGACGAACAUGAAGAUGAAGACGAGAAAGAUGAUGAUGAAGAAGAUAUAGAGGUGGAGAAAAUAGAAAGGGAAAUAACUGACGAUGCAAUAUUAUCUGCCGAAGCUACAUUAGACCGAGACAGUCCCGAAGAUAAUGUUGAAGAUAAAUCAAAGGAAGAGGAGGAUGAGCCUAAAGCAGACGAGAGUGGUGAAGAUGAUGACUUUCUUGAAGCUAUCGAUGAUGGUGAUGAACCACCAGUGGAAAUUAUAAAUGCACCCAGUGGUGCUGCUUUUGACGAGAUUGAAGAAGAAACGGUGAUUGUGAAACCUCCAGACACAUUAGCUGACGAAGAGGAGUAUGAGAAACGUCAGGAGGAGCUACGUAAAGAAGUGGAUGAGUCCUCACACAUGUGGCUGAAGCUGGUGGUAGGCGGGGCGUUACUGGUCGCCACGCACGCUGUACUGCGGCGCUGCGCGGCGCCGAGGGAUGAAGCCGAAGAAGAAAAUGAUACUGAAGAGCCUCUGCUCGUUGAUCGUCGAAUGACUCUAGUACCUCAACAUUUAGAUGAUCAAGAAACAGAAGAUACUGAAGAAAGUGCUCUCCCGGAAAAAGAAAUCAUCGAAGAAGUAGUACAAAAAAUUAAAAACAUUGAUGUCGCAGCUCCAAAAAAAAUUGUACCAAAAGAAGAGCCUAAGCCGGUUGUAAAAGAGGAACCGCCGAAGCAAGUAGAGAAAGAUAAAGAAUUGUACAGCGACGAAGACGAAAUCGAAGAGGACGAAGAAAUCGAACAAUCGAAAGAGACUAACGUUAUCAAAGAUGAAGAAGUUGAGCCAGACGAUGAUGUGGAAAUAGUGGACGAGGAAAUUGAUGAAGAAAUCGAGGAAGAGGAUAUUGAGGAGGAGGAAAUAUCGGAUGUAGAUGAUGCGGAGCUACUGAGUCGGCUCGAUGCUAAAUAUGGCCGCUUGCCGGAACCACAUAGGCCUGGACAGAAAGACGGUGGUAAUAGUGUAGACCACUUGUGGCCGGGCGAGCCGAGCGAAGCGCACUGGAGACAAGAACUCGACCGCGCAGAGGAAGAACUCCGCCAGGGGGCGUGGCAAUCGUGCGAGCGUCGAGUUGGCGUCGCGGCGCUGGCCAAUAGCGCGCGAGCACGCUGGCUCACCGCACGAGCGCUCGACAUGGGCGCUGAGAAGAAAAGGGACAACACGCUUCUGUCCCGAGCUAUCAACGCAUACCUGCAUCUCCUCAAAAUGAACGAAGGGUUCAGCAAUAAGAGGCUAAAAGAAAUUGCACUAAGGACCAUUGACAGGAUGCAGUUUGGAGGAAAGUACUUGAGUGCCGAGCCCGUCUAUAGACUGUUGAUCAGAAGAUUUCCUAAUGUGGUCGGGUAUCGCAAUAACUUAACAAUAUCCUUCCUAAUGGCCAAUCGGGCAGAUUUGGCGGAAGAAGUUCUUAAAGAAACCCUGAAGUUGUGGCCCGACGACCGCUUGGCGUUGGCCCAUCACGGCUUCGUGAUGAAGAACCAACACAACAAACUAGAGGAAGCCGUCGUUGCACUCCAGAAAGCCCUAGAAGGGGACACGGGGCCAGCCAACGAGCCUCGAUUCUACUACCACCUAGGAGAUGCCCUGAUGCUGCUAGGGCGAGUAGACGAGGCUCACGAAGUUCACAAACGCGGAGCGAAGCACGGCCACUUCCUAUCUCCGUCCCAGAGGUCCCUCUACAACGUGCCACGGCUAAAAAGCCGCCCCUGGUGGCGGGUCGAGGAUACGCCGUACGCGAACAUAGCUCGAGCCUUAGAAAAAUCCUGGAGGGAAAUACUGAAAGAGGGCGAGGCGGCAAAGGAGUUGUACGAGAAAGAGAAGGAGGGUCUGAAAGAGAGGGGCGAUUGGACGCAGAUGGAUCUGUUCGUGCGCGGCCGCGAGAUCCCGGGGCGGUGCGCGCGCGCGCCCGUCACGUGCAGCAUCGCCCGCGCCGCUGCCUGCCGCCGCGGUCAGGUGAAAUUCAGCUUGAUGGCUGCGGGUACGCACGUUCGCGCGCACGUCGGCCCCACCAACUGCCGCCUGCGCAUGCACCUCGGACUGUCCAACACACGCAACACGUUCAUACGCGUGGAUAACGAGACCAAACAAUGGGAGGUGGGCAAAGUCCUGAUGUUCGACGACAGCUUCGAACACAAGGUGUGGCACAACGGCACGGGCGCGCGACUCGUGCUCAUCGUAGAUGUAUGGCACCCUGACCUCACGCCGCAAGAACGAAGGCAGCUGCCCGCCAUAUAAUGUAAGAACCGAGAUUACACCACACUUUCUCAGACUCUGCAGACAGGUAAGGCCCUAAGUUAAGGGGGUUUUUCGGCCCUAUAUCAGGGUCAGGAUCCCUGAAUACAGUGAGGUGUAAUACCGGAUUAAGGCGAGACCGCACAAGCAGCAGGACCAAAAUUAAAUAUUUCGGCCUCAUGCCCGCAGAACGACUAUCUUAUGAGUGAAACUACCGAUAGGUUAUGCAUAUCCGCAAUAGUCUCGGCCUAUUGAGUGCGGUUUGAGAAAGCCUGCUUUCAUAAAAGAAGAUUGAUGUGUAAUAUAGCUUGUGUGUAAGGACCUGCAGGCUACAAAGUAUUGAACUACGUUGCGGCGUCGCAUUACAUAAUCUAAAUCACUAUGCGAUUAUUUUUUGAUACGACGCCGCAGUGUUAUGCCUUGUCCCUUACUCUUGAAAUGAAUUUGUAACACCUUCACACAAUUUACCAAUGCAUAGUUGCAUUAGAUAUAGUAUUUGAAUAUUUAAAAAAAAUUACUUAUGUAAUUUUAGAGGCCUUAUUAACACAAUUUGUCAUUUGUUAAUGUUAAAAUUUAGAGGAGAAUAAUCUAUUAUCUACAUAAUAUUAUUAAAUAUUAUGUAACAUACUGUAUAACUUGUGAAUCUUAGAAAGAUCUUUUAACAAAUCAUUUUUAUUAAGCUACUAUCAUCACAUAAUAUGUAAUAUUAUUUAAAUGAAAUGGACAUCUUAUUUUUAUAAGAUACAAGCAAUGUUAAAUUUUGAUGUUAAGACUUAAAAUAUGUUUUUAGAGAUUAUAUAAAAAUACUUUGAUAUAUUAUUCUAUUUUCUAGUGUAAAUAAACUUACAAUGCUC